CUUUCAAUCCCUUUUUAACCCAGUUCCCCUAACUGAAUUUUUAAAAACCCUGAAAUCACUCUCAAUCUUGUUUUCUUACAAUAUGCAAAUAUACAAAGUUUCAAGUUCCGCACUCGAAAAACAUUAUUUAAAUAUAAAUAUUUAUUUAUUUAUAUUUAUAUCGUUCCCCACGCACCAUUAAAUUCCGUUCCCACUUUUUACCGGUUAUGAACUAGAACGGUUUUUUACUUCACGUUCAAUCAAUUAACCGGUUUUUUUGAACGAAAUAUAAGUUUUGGAACGAUAUUAACAGGUAUUUCAAUACCGGUUCCGAGCCCUGAUUCAAGUACGAAAGCGUCCUAAGUACGUAUACGGAACCUUAAAUAACGAUAAAUAAAGUAGGUAAAUGUUUCUUCAAUGGUUUCCAGGCAACACUCGAUGCAUGAAAUAGGCGUGAAAUUAAAAUGCAGGUCCAUAUCAAAAUAACGACAUUGAGCUCCUCUGAUUUUUAAAAACAAUAAAACCAAUGCAAAUGUGUGCCUUUCGAUUUUUUGAGACUACUGUAUGUAUAUCAGUUUUGUUUGUAGCAGUUGCGAUUGCGCAAACGCAAGAGGCACCACCUUCGGGAAUAUUUGAGUGGUGUAAGAGAGCGGAAUGCGUAGACAAACGAGCAUAUAUGCGAUUCUUCAAGAUAGAAGACUUCCAGAACGUGAACACAUCGGUAGCGCGCUGGGAUAUCCACCUGGGCUUAUGGUCCUCCUCCUUCAGGUUGUUCAUCCUGCUGUCGGAACGCCCGCGCCGGAUCGCGUAUGCUGGACAAUAUUAUGAAUACAAUUUUGGCGUGUUGCACCCGAACUUACCUGAAGGUCAGCGCUUUUCGCAACUCUCCAUCAGAGACGGCAACGGAAAUGUGGAGGUGAAGAACAUCAUGGUCGGGGGGCAGCCCUGGCUACUACGGUGGAAAGAUAUCAGGCCCUUCGUCAUCAGGCUCAUUUGGGUUCCAAAAAACCCUGUACCCAGACUGGGCCAUGUGGAAAUGCCAACCUGCCGGCCCGACCUAUGUGACCAGUGCCCGCUUGUCUACCUGCCCGUCUGCUCAACCGAGCACAAGACUUAUCGGAACGAGUGCUUCUUUCGCUGCCAGCAACCCAACACCACCAUCAAGGUGCUGCACAAGGGGCUGUGCAUGCACUGGCUAUGGCAGAUGUAGGGUCUUAUACGUGUACCUGCCCAUCUGCUUCGCUGAGCACGCAACCAUUGACAUAUAUCAUAAGACGAGCCUUAUGGGCAAUAAGAACGGGGCCAGUACACUAAGUACAGCGGUGUCAGGCACACGAAUUCGAUCCAAUCGUGCAGUCUAACACCACAACGCGAUUGGUUGAUGAGUUUGCAUCACGCGCGCGAUUGGUCGCAAUCGCAACUAGAGUCUGGCUACUGAAAUAUUACACAAUAUUAUGGCGGGAAAUUCAAAAAAUCUUGGACUGGUCACACUUUGUGUAGUAGGAAGUAUAGUUUUGAUACUAGAAAAUAUUUUUGUUUUUCUGUGCACACGUAAGGUACCUAAGGAAAUAAGUUAAUAUACGUGGUAAAUAAAUACAAAUGUACUAGACAAAUGUAGAAGAGCGGGGCUUCCUGUCACAGGUAUUAUACAUACUUACUAGGAAGUCCCAACCAUAAAUGUGUUAUAACAGUAUACUAUUUAACGAAAUAAAUCUUUUUGAUUUUGAUUUUUGAUACGUAGACAUGCACUCAAAGUCAGCUCACGUAAUUUCUACCUCUAUGUAAAGUACAAAGACAUGUUUCGCCAAGAUAUUUAUAUAUAUUUUAUAUCAAUUUAUUACUGCAAUACUGACCAGUCAUUCCACAGAUUUCUUCUAAACAUUAGUUUUCCAGUAACUCGUUACGUUCCAAUGUUUUGAUUUUAUUGAUAUUUUACAGAACUUCUAGUUUAUCCCUUUCUUUACACACUUGUCCUGUCCAUGAGAUUCAGGUAUUAAUAA